AUGUCUACUCCAGCGAAAAGAAGACUUAUGAGAGAUUUCAAAAGGAUGCAACAAGAUGCUCCUUCAGGUGUUAGUGCUUCGCCAUUACCUGAUAAUGUAAUGACAUGGAAUGCAGUGAUCAUAGGACCUUCGGAUACUCCUUUUGAAGAUGGUACCUUUAAGUUAAUUCUUCAAUUUGAUGAACAAUAUCCUAAUAAACCUCCAACAGUUAAGUUUAUAAGUGAAAUGUUUCAUCCAAAUGUUUAUGCUAGUGGAGAGUUAUGUUUGGAUAUCUUACAGAACAGAUGGUCUCCAACAUAUGAUGUGUCAAGUAUUUUAACAUCAAUUCAAUCAUUAUUAAAUGAUCCAAAUAUUAGUUCUCCUGCUAAUGUUGAAGCUGCAAAUUUAUAUAAAGAUCAUAGAUCUCAAUACAUCAAGAGAGUAAGAGAAACUGUUGAAAAUAGUUGGAAUGAUGAUGAUGAUGACGAUGAAGAUGAAGAUGAAGAAGAUGAGGAAUAG